CGAGCUCUGAAGCUCUGCGGCUAAGAACUUUAUUUCUUCGGACGCAACUGAAGAUGGCGGGUGAUCUGACUCUCUUCGCGCUUCUUCUCCUUCUGGGACAUUUAGCAGAAGCGAACAUGUGUGCUGGUAUUCGCUCCACCAACCUUGCCAAGAACCGCCCUGCGACCCAGUCUAGUACUGCAUCGGGUGGAGUCGCCGGCCGCGCUGUGGAUGGGAGCCGUUCUUCUUCAUGGAGAGCCGGGUCCUGUACCCACACGGCAAGCCAAACCAACCCAUGGUGGCGAGUCGACCUGGGCAGCAGUCAGUGCGUGGACUCGUUGGUCGUCGUUAACCGGCUAGACUGUUGCUCGGAAAGGCUGGACGGCUUCACGGUUCACGUGGGCGACAACCCCGACGUGCUGAAAAACCCUACCUGUGGGGGACCGCAGUCCCUCAGCCGUGGGAACGUGAUGUCGAUAGGCUGUGGCGGACGGACCGGCCGAUAUGUGGGGAUCAGUCUGACAGGCUCCAGUAGAAUCCUUACCCUCUGUGAGGUGGAGGUCUAUGGAGGUGCCCAGGGCAAACGAAUGCUCAGCCUGGAGGACAAGCUGGAAAGCCUGAGGGAAGACCUGGAGAAGCAGUGGUAA